AUGAGGGACUUAGUGGCGGCUCACAGCGUCCCCGCCCCGCAGGCACCAGCGCGUAACACACACACACACACACAACCAUCAUACAACAUGGACACAUUCAACUCACACGCGAGACUCAAACGACCGAAACUAGGCGACAAGAAAGUCUAUCGUCCAGUGCGAAGAGCGACUUUAUCCAGGAUAGAUGAAACUCCCACCAAUAGAAGCUAUAAAUCCAUGGACUUCUCAACGCGUCCUAACAUGAGAUCCAGAUCAAACGUCUCCGCGGAUACUAGCCGUAGCGUGCCAGUCUGUAAUCAGAGUCAAGAUAUACAAAACCCUGAAUACAGCAGUCUGAAUGACACAAAAGCUUACGAUUCAUCCGAGGAUGUGCCGGCAUCUAUGACGGAUUUACCGAUCAUGGUACCUUUAGAUCGCUCCACUGGCUCAUACAUACCAUAUCCAGAGUAUUCGUACGAUAGCUAUCAAAUCGGUCGAUAUAAAUAUAAGUCCAAGAACAAUAAUCUAUUCCUAGCGUUCAUGUAUUAA